GACACUAAAACCAGUGUUUAUCUCUGGCCAAGUCAUUCCUCUCCAUAAUCCACCAGUAUAUUAUUCUAGCUUGUAAACCGCUGUCCAUUACACAGUGUAAGUAAAUAAUCGAAAACUGUGUUAUAUGUAUCAGUGUGAACUCUUCAUGAGAACUUAGUAAAGAGCCGCGGCAGCAUCCGUGUGAGUGAGGGGCGCGUCCUGCCUGUGGCUGCCUGCUGCUCCACUCUAUGUGACUGUUGCGCUCCAUCCAUACACGGCUGCGGAGAUGGCGGACCCGGCGCAGUGUAGCAUCAAGGUGGUGUGUCGUUUCAGGCCGCUUAACAGCUCGGAGGUGGCCCGAGGAGACAAGUACAUCCCGAAGUUUAAUGGGCAUGACUGUGUUCACAUCGCGGGUAAACCUUACUACUUUGAUCAUGUAUUCCAGUCCAACACGACUCAGGUUGAAUUCUAUGAAGCUGUGGCUCAGAAAAUUGUCAGAGAUGUCCUGGAAGGGUACAAUGGGACAAUAUUUGCCUACGGGCAGACCUCUUCAGGCAAAACACACACAAUGGAGGGAAAACUCCAUGACCCAGACAUGAUGGGAAUCAUUCCCAGAAUUGUUGAAGACAUUUUCAACCACAUUUAUUCCAUGGAUGAGAACCUGGAGUUUCAUAUCAAAGUUUCCUAUUUUGAAAUUUAUCUAGACAAAAUCCGGGACCUAUUGGAUGUAACAAAGGUCAACCUUUCUGUACAUGAGGAUAAAAACAGAGUGCCAUUUGUCAAGGGGUGUACUGAGCGUUUUGUGUGCAGUCCUGACGAGGUCAUGGACGCCAUCGACGAAGGCAAAAACAACAGACACGUGGCCGUCACAAACAUGAAUGAGCACAGUUCCAGAAGUCACAGCAUCUUCCUCAUCCACAUCAAGCAGGAAAACACUCAAACUGAACAGAAAAUGACCGGCAAACUGUACCUGGUCGAUCUGGCAGGGAGUGAAAAAGUGGGUAAAACUGGAGCAGAAGGCACGGUGCUGGAUGAAGCCAAGAUGAUAAACAAGUCUCUGUCUUCACUGGGAAUUGUCAUCUCGGCUCUGGCAGAGGGUUCGGCUCAUAUACCGUACAGAGACAGUAAAAUGACCAGGAUCCUGCAGGACUCCUUAGGAGGGAACUGUCGGACCACCAUGGUCAUCUGCUGCUCACCGUCCUCCUUCAAUGAUGCUGAGACCAAGUCUACGCUGCAGUUUGGACAAAGGGCAAAGACAAUAAAGAACACAGUGACUCUGAAUGUGGAGCUGACUGCAGAGCAGUGGAAGAACAAGUGGACGAGAGAGAAGGAGAAGAACAAAACCCUGAGAUGCACUGUUACCUGGCUGGAAAACGAGCUCAACCGCUGGAGGAAUGGAGACAGUGUGCCAGUGGAGGAACAGUUUGAUAAGGAGAAGGCCAAAGCAGAGGUGCAAGCUUUGGACAGUGCACUCAACAACGAUAAAGCAGCACCUACAGCAGCCCCCAGCAGUCUGACCGGGGUCAAACUCACAGGUGCUGAGAAAGAGAAGUGUGCAGCAGAAAUGGCUAAACUGUACAAAGAACUGGAUGAAAAGGAUGAUGAGAUCAACCAGCAGUCUCAGUUGCUGGAGAAGCUGAAGGAGCAGAUGUUGGACCAGGAGGAGCUCUUGAAUUCCUCCCGGUGUGAUCAUGACACCCUUCAGACAGAGCUCAACAGGCUUCUAGCAGAGAAUGAAGCCUCCAAGGAGGAGGUGAAGGAGGUGCUGCAGGCCCUGGAGGAGCUGGCCGUCAACUAUGAUCAGAAGAGUCAAGAAGUGGAGGACAAAACAAAAGAGUUUGAAGCCCUCAGUGAAGAGCUGAACCAGAAAUCGAGCUCCUUGGCCUCCAUUGACUCUGAGCUGCAGAAGCUGAAGGAAAUGACCAACCACCAGAAGAAGAGGGUCACUGAGAUGAUGUCAUCGUUACUCAAAGACCUAGCUGAGAUCGGCAUCGCAGUCGGAAGCAAUGACAUUAAGCAACAAGAUAGCAGUGGUCUAAUUGAUGAAGAGUUCACUGUGGCCCGGCUCUACAUUAGUAAGAUGAAGUCUGAGGUGAAGACGAUGGUGAAGCGCAGCAAACAGCUGGAGAGCUCCCAGGCCGAGAGCGUCCAGAAUAUGGCUGAGAUGGAGCGGGAGCUGGCGGCUUGCCGACUCCGCAUCUCCCAGCAUGAAGCCAAAAUCAAGUCCCUGACAGACUGUGUCCUGACUGUGGAGCAGAAGAAACGACAGCUGGAAGAAAACGUGGACUCUCUCAGUGAGGAAAUAGUCAGGAUCAAAGCCCAAGAGAAAGUAAACACAAUGGAGAAGGAGAAUGAGGUUCAGUCCACCAGUCAAGUCAAGGAAGCUGUGGAGAAGCAGAUCCAGUCCCAGAGAGAGACUCAUCAGAGGCAGAUCAGCAGCCUAAGAGAUGAGCUCGAUACCAAGGACAAGCUGAUCACAGAGCUGCAGGAUCUGAACCAGGAGAUCAUGUUGGAGCAGGAGAGGCUGAGAGUGGAGCACGAGAAGCUCAAAGCUGCCGACCAGGACAAGAACCGUCAGCUGCAGGAGCUCACGAUGUUGCUGGACAAACAGGAGCAGGCCAGACAGGACCUGAAGGGACUGGAGGAGACUUUGACUCGGGAGCUGCAGACACUUCACAACCUGAGGAGGCUUUUUGUCCAAGACUUAUCUACCAGAGUCAAAAAGAAUGCUAAGAGAGAUUCAGAAGAACUGGAGAUUACCACUGCCCAGAAACAGAAGAUAUGUUUCCUGGAGAACAACCUCCAGCAGCUCACUAAAGUCCACAAGCAGCUGGUGCACGACAACGCGGACCUUCGCUGUGAGAUUCCAAAGAUGGAGAAACGUCUGCGGGCCACGGCAGAACGGGUCAAAGCCCUGGAGGCUGCGCUGAAGGAGGCCAAAGAGAAUGCAGCCCGCGACCAAAAACGCUAUCAACAGGAGGUCGAGCGCAUUAAGGACACGGUCAAGCCCAAAAACAUGGGCAGGAGAGCCUCAGCGCAGAUAGCCAAGCCCAUCAGACCAGGCCAGCUGCCGGGUGCUCCGCUCAUCCCCAGUCUCAACAGGUCCAACUUCAACAGGUUCAACACAAACAUCAUGUUCCACAGUCGAGCGUUUCUCAGAUCACAGAUCUAUGAUGUCAUUUUUUUUAACUGGCUGUAUACUUCAUCCACGUGUCUCCUUCCAUUCUCCCUGCAGCUCCUGAGAACGGUGAAGAUGUCAGAAUACGGCGUGUCUGGAUGGAUAACGUACGCUCAUGGGCGUUAUAAGGGUCGCUUAUAUUCAGUCUAUAUCUUCAAUCUAAUCAUCAUGAUUUAAAAAAAAUAAA